CGAAAGAAUGAAUGUACGAUAGCCACACGACCUCCCCAGAUCUCUUCAAACUAUGGCGACCGAUAGACGAAGGAUCAAUGGGCCUACAGGCGGUACUUCUGCUCCUAUCUAUCUCAAGACCCUUACGAAAGAGGCAGAGGCGCAAACUGAGAGACCGACAAGAACAAGAGCACCCAAUGUACUGAGAAAGAUGUUCCUGAAGACUGGGGUGACCCCGUCGGCUUCUGGUUCGGCAUAUCUCGAGCUUGAAGCUUCGAAAGCUCUCACUUCUACCAAGUCUGGUCUUGCUUCACACUCCAUCUCUGGACUGAAACUCACAUGUACUGUCCACGGCCCUCGACCCCUACCUCGAUCCGCACCAUUCUCUCCCCACGUUAUCCUUUCUACCCACGUCAAAUUUGGUCCCUUCGCAACGAGAAAAAGGCGGGGCUAUUUGAGGGACGCAAGUGAAAGAGACUUGGGUGUGCACCUGGAAACCGCAUUACGGGGUGUGAUCAUUGGCGACCGAUGGCCAAAGAGUGGAGUCGAAGUCAUAAUCACAAUAUUAGAAGGCGAAGAAGACAGAUGGUGGGGCGAUGAUCGUGUUGCUGAGGGACUUUCGGCUGGAGACUGGGGCAUGAUGAGCGUUCUCAGCGGCUGCAUAACAGUAGCCUCUGCUGCGAUUGCAGACGCGGGUAUCGAUUGUGUGGACGUUGUCUCUGGAGGAGUCGCUGCUGUGGUCAGGUCGGGUCAAGGGAAGCAAGUUUCAACAACUUUGGUGCUGGAUCCAGUCCCAUCUGAGCACCAAGAAGUUCUGGCUGCUGCUAUUGUGGCUUACCUACCUGGAAGAGACGAGCUCACGGAUCUUUGGGUGAAGGGAGAUAUUGGGCAUGAGGGCCGGAGUUCAGGUCAGAGUGCUACUUACGAGGAGCUUGCAGAUCACGCUGUGCAAGCUGCGUUGGGUUCACAUCGGGUGCUUGUGGCUGCAUUGAAAGAGACUGCGGAUCUGAAAAUGGGGAGAUCAUGAUUUUUUAUGAUGCAAUGUUCGACGACAUUGGCGUUGGCAGAGAAAAUGGUUGCAUGGCAUUGGACAUUUUGAUGAUCCACCAGGAGUCUGGAGUUAAGAUGGCAGAUCGUACAUGUUGUUGGAAUACCUGUCAUCCCCAUAGAGAUCUGUAAAUUUUCAAUGGGGUACGAUACUACAGCCAAGUAUCAACUUUCAACGUUCACUAUGAAAGAAGCAAGACCUUGUUCGGAAGAUAGCAGCAGGACGCCGGCAUGAAAAUCC